AUGUCUUCGACCUUAGAUCCCGAAGAUGACUAUUACGAUCAGCUCGCAGACGUUCUUAAGACUCAAAGGACCGCGACGCAAAAUGCAUUUCGACGCAAAGGAGAACGACCCAACGAUUUCCCGCCUCGUACACAGGUUGUGAAUGAAUUUAUGAUGGCUGCUUUGAGCAACAAAAUGAGAAAGGAUAUGAUGCAGACAACCGUAAUUGGCAGUCCCUAUGCGCCAUCUGUGACCUCUUUCAAGGACCUCAAAAAGGUCAUGCUCAAGGACUUGGCAGUUGAAACCAACCAUCGAGGCUCCUAUCUACUUCUGCGAUUCAUUUGUCCAGCUAUGCGGAUGACCGCAGUCAUGAACAUCGCUGAGGAUGAAGCUGGAACUGUCAUGCCGUUCGCUUUGUAUUUUCAAGAUCCCGAAAGCAUCAGAGCAGCUGAGAGUAUUCUCAAGGAGAAAGGUGUUAUAAUACUGAAGGAGCCAUACUUCAAGGUGGGAACAAACGGACAGUACGCUGUCCGGGUUGAUCAGCCUACAGACAUCAUCUGGCUCUCCGAAGAUGACCCCAGAGUUCCAACGAAAUGGAGAACUACAAGUGCUAGUGCCCAAAAUACCGCCGAGUACUGGAAGAAAAAGGGAAACAACCUAGUAAGCGCUGGUAAAUUAUUCGAUGCGAUUGAAAUGUAUCUGAGAGCUCUUCGGUCCUCUCCAAAUCAGGAAGAAGAAGAGAUAUUACACAACAACAAAGCUCUCGCAAACCUUCGGAUCGAAGCUUUCGAUUCUGCCUUAGACGAUGUGUCUUUCAUAGCGAAUCCUCAGGACAGAUCGGAGAAAGGACUCUAUCGCGGCGGGCUUGCACUUUAUGGUCUAAGGAGGUUCAAGGAAGCACUUGAAAUGAUGCAAAUACUCGUUCGCAAAUAUCCCGAGAGCGCGCCCGGCAAAUCCGAGCUCCAUCGUACUCGUCUUCGAGUCGCAGAACAAGAGAGUGGAAUAUACGACUUCAAAGCAUUAUACAAAGCAACAAAGCUCAGGCCGCCUCUAAUGGACAAUGCAAGCUAUAGCGGUCCAAUAGAAGUGCAAAGCUCGCCAGGGCGGGGGAGAGGAGUAUUUACCACGAAACCGGUGAAGGCUGGCGAGCUUCUCCUUUGCGAGAAAGCAUUUUCUUACUGUUUUGCCGCGCCACCCAAGGAGAUGGAGAGGGCUCUCUCGAAGGGAAUAUCUCAUAUAUCUGUUUUGAUAGAUGUGCCGGGUAACAGAACUACUGUUGGCACACAUGCAGAUCUCAUCCGUGACGUCUCAAACAAGUUGGCUCGUAAUCCUACGCUUGGUUCAUCUUUCGGAGAUCUCGCUCAUGGCAAAUACCAAGGCGUGGCGUGUGCUUCAGUUGACGGAUCACCAGUGGUGGAUACAUUUCUUGUAGCAGACACAAUUCACAUCAAUUGCUUUGGCUGUCCAUUGACUUCAAGGGAUAUGCUCGAUGAUCCGGAGCUGUAUCGAGCCAGCAAAUACAAAGUCGUCAAGCAACACAAAACCUCGAAGCUUCAAACGACAGGAAUUUGGACUUUAGCCUCGUAUAUCAAUCAUUCUUGCAAUCCAACGACUGAGCGUAGCUUCAUAGGUGAUCUACAGAUCGUCCGAGCAGCUAGAGACAUGCGAGAAAAUACAGAACUAAGUUAUGAAUACAUCAAGCGUGUGGAGGAAAUGGACAAAAAGCUUUCCAAUGGCUGGGGAUUCCUAUGCGAUUGUGCUCUGUGCGUGGAUGAACGCGAAAGUUCCAGUUCUCUCAAAGUUCAAAGACGCAAGCUUAUAAAAGACUUUUCCGCCCCGAACACAAGCAACAAGAAAAAGAAGGAAAUCAUCAAGGAAUUCAACAAGACGUUCCAGCAUCCAUCAUCUGAAGUCCCAAGGAUUGAGCUGUGGGAUCUGCAUUUCUCUCUUGUCAAAGACCUCGCUAAGCGCGGAGAGGGAGAGAAAGUCGUCGAGCAGGUAAUAGCCGCUUUCCACAGCAUAGGUUUCCUUCUUAAAGGGGGCCAAGUGUUGCCUUCUCGGCCCUCAACAAUCGUGGUGAAGAGAUGGGGCUACCCCCAUCAGGGAGCUACGUCGGCUUGGCUAACACUUCGGAAUGUUUACUUGUCCUAUGGGAUGGAUGAGCUUGCUGAGCAGGCGAAGGAAUUUGCUAGGAUCACAUGGAUGUUGCAGGUAGGCGAGGAUACUACCUUCGUCUAUGACAAUCCGCCAAAGGAAUAG